AUGAGCGGGACGUCCUCUGUGAUGUCUGACGUACCUAGGUACCAGGUCGGACGGUCGGACAGCUCUGCUAGCAGUCUGUCCAUUUUUCCGUUUGGAUUUGAUUCUAAGACGCAAUACGACGCAAAUGAAUCUCUCAUUGCGAUACGAAGUGCCAAUUUCACUAGAAAGGAGUUCGAAAAAGAUGAUGACAUUUGGAAACGCCCACCCCCUGACUUCCGUCCUCAGAAAUUUGCGCCACAUCCGCCAAAACGAAACUCCAGAGAAUCCAUGCAACCGUGGCGAUAUGGUACAAUUCCUGGGGAACACGUGUUUGUAAAGAAGCCUACGACGAAAGUGAUUCCUAAAAUUUUAAUGCCCAAGAAAACACCAGAAGGGCGUAUAAUUACUCAAUUUCAUAUAGAUCGGCCAUUUACGGCAAAGAAGAAAUUCGUAAGGGAGGGAAUGUUUAAACCAGAAAUGUAUGUCAAUCCGACAGAGCACGAUUUCAGAGGGUAUCCACCGAUUAAGAAGUUCGGAUUACCGGAGUUUACGACGUACGACGAACCGGAUCCAUUCGAUAUCUACUUCAACACUGAGCGACUGAAUAUCAUUCAUGGUGAACCUCUUGAGAGAGCAGUGGACCGGGACAUCAAAGGUCUGCAGAUGGCGCCCCCUGUACAUAUGCUGCCAAGAUGGGAAAGAGAGCUAAUCUUGGACAAAGAACCAUACCCGACAAAGCCGGGCGAAUUCAACCGUCAUCGUUUACGAUUCAGACCAGCUCGCAGUGCGUUUAUGGAGCGUGUAACACGAACACUGGACAUGAACUGGGCUAAAGAACGAUUAGACCAAGCAUUAGAACAAGUGCAAAGUUGA